AAAGAGGCCAAACCAGUAACACGUUUUGCAGAUCGAAGACGCCUAUGCCAUUUGGACACGCCCAUGCGGCCAAACGUUAGGCCGAUGUCUGGCCAAAGCCAUUCACAUCUUAUGUGUUCCCCCGCUCUCAGAAGGCCGCGGCGCCCGAGACAUCCUCCAGAACCGCUGGAUCUGAGGGAUUUUCGAUUUAUCCUUACCCCGAUGCUGCCCCCGUACGGGCUUCGUCUCACUCCUGUGUGGUUGAGUUGCAGGCAGGGGAAGACCGUGCGGGUUGCUGGAAGGCUCGCCCACGGUGCUUACGGCGUCUGGUCCAAGGGCGUCGGCUUGCUCACCAUGUUCUGCCUCUCGUACUUGAUGAUCGGAGUGGGCCAGGAGUUCCACCUCGACAAGAGCAAGCUGGGCAGCUAUGGCAAGGACUACGCGAUCGCCAUGUCCGCCGCGGGGCUCCCGUGGCUCUUCGUCGCCGCGUGGCUGCACUACGCGCUGCCCAGCCCGCUCGCAUGGGGCUCCGCGCUGCUGAUGGCGCGGUUCGCAGCUCCGACGAGCGCCGGCAUCCUGUUCAGCAUGCUGGAGGCGGCGGGCUUCAAGGAGACAUGGCUCUUCCAGAAGGCGAGGAUUCUGGCGAUCUUCGAUGACCUGGAUACCAUUCUGCUGAUGAUCCCUCUGAAGAUGUUCCUCGUCGGCUUCAAGUGGGAAUUGACCGUCGACGCGGUGUUCGUCUCUGUGUGCCUGUUCCUGGCUUGGCAGAAGCUGCACAAUAUUCGAGCUGCUUCGCAGAAGCUCGCCUGGAAUCCCCCAUGCGUGCACUCGCCCAGUCAGAUCAAGAACCUGGGCGCGUACGUCCUCUCCGGGGGCGCAGUGCACCUCGAGGUGCUGCUGCCCGCGUUCACCAUCGGCGCCGCGACGCGGAUGUGCCAGGAGACCGACGAGUGGUGCGAAGUCCUGGACGAGGGACAGGAAGAGCGAGUGCGCAGCCGCGUGGCCACGGUCUUCAUGCUGCUAGUCGGGCUGUCGAUGCCCUCUCUUUUCGCGGGCGGGGCGGGCACGAUGAGCACGGCCACGACCGUGUACCACGUCUUCGUAGUUAGCGUGCUCAUGGUGAUCGGGAAGAUGCUGCUACUCUUCACCUACAGGGACGAGGCCAAUCUGCGCACCCGCCUGGCACUCUCGCUGGGCAUGUGCCCCCGCGGCGAGGUCGUGGGUUGGGAGGGGGGGAAACAUGUACUCCCACUCGGCCGACGCCGGGACAUCCAAGCAUCAUUCGGGGGCAAUGUUGACGUCAGGUGUCCGAUCAUCGACAGGUGUCGCACCGGAAGCAGCCGAAGACUUCCCCGAGUGCCGUCCGAAGACCGCCGAAGACCGCCGGUAUAA